GCUCCGUGGUGGCGGCGGACGAGCGCCCCCGCGCGGGGCGGGCACGGCCGCCUCCCCGGGACUACAACUCCCAGCAGGCAGUGCGCGAAGCGGCCCCGGCGGCGGAAGCGCUGGGCGGGGCAGGGCCGGGGGCGCGGGGGCUGUGGGAUCAUGGCGGGCCGCGGAUCCGCGUCCUCGGAGCACCUGGAGCGGCUGCACGAGAUCUUCCGGGGGCUGCACGGGGACCUGCGGGCUGUCCCCGAGCGGCUGCGGGGCAGCGCGGCCGAGGAGAAGAAGAAACUGGUUCGAGAAUUCGAUGAGAAGCAGCGUGAAGCCAACGAGACGCUGCGGGAAAUGGAGGAAGAGCUGAAAUACGCUCCUGUGCCUUUCCGCAACCAAAUGAUGAGCAAGAUCCGAGCCUACAGAAGAGACCUGUCCAUGUUCCAGAGGGAGAUGAGAAGCACAGAUUUGGGGUUGGGCCGUGGAAACCAAGGCGAUACAAAAUAUGGAAUCUUUGCCACAGAAAAUGAACAGAGUACUAACCUGCAGUCCCAGAGGGUGCUGCUGCUCCAGGGUACAGACAGUCUGAACCGAGCCAGCGAGAGCAUCGAGCGCUCGCACCGGAUCGCUGCCGAAACCGACCAGAUAGGCACGGAUAUCAUCGAGGAGCUGGGGGAGCAGCGGGAGCAGCUGGAGCGCACCAAGAGCAGGUUGGUGAAUACCAGUGAGAACUUGAGCAAGAGUCGCAAGGUUCUGCGCUCGAUGUCUCGGAGAAUAACCACAAAUAAGUUGCUGCUGUCAAUUAUCAUCAUCCUGGAACUGGCUAUCCUAGGAGGUGUGGUCUACUACAAGUUCUUUCGCAAGAAAUGAACCUUCAUGACCAAGAUGAGCUUUUCCACUGAUGAGGAAUAGGAUGGGUUGUCUGCUCCCUUUGACUGUCUGAGGGUUGAACUGAGUCAUGAGACAGCACAUUCAACUGAAACUGUACUGACACCUGAAAGACAGAGAAUGAGAGUAAAAAGAAACAGCCUUGAACUACUGGUAAGAUUAAUAAGAAGGUAAUAAAUAUUUUAUUGUCUCAUUUUGUAUAUACUUAACUAAAUGAAUAAAUCUUGCUAUGUAAUAAAGUAGCCACUGAUCAAUGGAAAA